CUCCAUCCAUCCCAUCUGCAUGAGUCUACAGAUUCAAUCACACUGCAAUGAUGAGCUCAAGUAUGGCAGAUCAGCCUCCUUCUAGAUGUAAAGAUCUUAUUCCGUAUCGUCCUCACUUCUUUCCCAUCCCUUGGAAGUGUAAUCAGAAUGGGCACUUUUCGACCGCUCAGCUGCAACCGAUUCCUCAGAUCUCAGAUGGAUCUGCUGGUGAUAAUACCACGCUUCGAUACCCUAGACUCAUCCUGAAUCACAGACUUGCCGAGAUGUUAUUCCGGAAUCGAUUCACUUUUCCCGCUCAUCCACCGGGUGAACAAGUUGCACGAUUUGCUGCAGUGACCAAGAAAAGGCGCUGUGACACUCAAGAAUCUCAGAAGGCAGCUUCAAAAGCGAUGCAAAUUCGUGUCCUGGGUCCCUCACACCCCACUUCCAUCUCAUCAGAUGCACUGCAGAGCAGCCGGCAAAUGGGCACUGACGAUCCGAUAGCUCAAGACAGCUACAAUCGACACCCUUCACAGCGAACUCAACACACUCAGCCCGAAUCCACUCAAGGCCUCGGCGAAAUCCAAUCAAGUGUCUCAUCAAGGCUACCCGAACAGAUAGACCUUGCAACGCAGGGUGAUAUGACUAUAGACCAAGAUUGGACAAUGGCAGAGCCGGAUCAAGGAGACGCUGCUUUCUCGUCUCCGCUCUCACCGCAACAGGACCAUACUCUCGAGCACUUCUAUGAUCCAGAUCGGGUGCAUCCUGCUCUAUUCUCGAGUCCGACGGGCACUCAUGAGCAAACGAAUCAAUGGCGUGUAGGCAAGAUGCCAGGACACCAAGGCUCGCACAGCCAGCGGUUCGGCGAUGGCGGGGAUGGAGGACCAAGAGGGAUCAAACGGACCCUUAAUGAGAGCAUCACUGAUACCGCUCAGCGAGUACUGAAGAGACCAUUCAUCACUCCAAAGCCCAUCGUCAAACUUGCGAGAUGUAGAACCCCAACCCCGGAACCUGAUGAAACACUGGACGUCGACGGCCAGUCACCGCUCACUUGUAUUCCACCGGAAAAAUCACGAGUACCAGCUCCCUUCCCUCUUCAACUGACACGACUGGACAAGACGCCAGUAACUCAAAAGCUCAAUCCAAAGCUCACAAGACCCUUCAAAACACCCGUACGAGCUACACCGUCUUCGUCUCCUGAGAGCCGGUCGACAGCUCAGCCGACCCCAGGGUCGACGGUGUUUGAUCGAUCUCAGGCUCCAAGCCCAAACACAUAUUGGGGAUCGAGCACUGAUGGAAAGCCUGACACAACAAUUGCCACUCGAGCGAGACGAUUAGGUCCAAGUGUCUCUCUCCUGCCCUCAUCACCUUCAAAGCUUGGCUCUCUGCGACUGGAGAAGAAUCGCUUGCUGCAGCUUGAAACUCGGGCCCGACAACUGCGAGAAGCCCUGAGUCACAAAAUGAAUGGAGAAGGGGAAGAGAAGAUCGAGGAAUUGACUGAACGAUGGCUAGCCGCCGGGCGAGAUAUCGCAGAAAGACUGUUCGACCGAGCUGUCCGACCGGAUACCGAUACACCGGUCGCUGCUCCAUCCAGGCCUCCUCGGGGCACAAGUCAAGGCCGAUGGUCUUCGGGUCAGGACGAUGAUGCCGUAUUUUCAUCUGAGGAGAAGGACUGGCUGGACAAUGUGGCAAGAGACGAAGAUGGUGAUCCAGUGGAUGAAGAAGGGAACAAGUUGGUCGAUGAUAUCCGGCAAGACGAUCUCAUCAAGGCACUUAAUCAUGCAAGCGGAAGAGACGAAGCGAGACAAAUUCUGUAUGUGCCGAGCUCAGUUGGGCCGGGGACUUGGAGCGACCAAAACAUCGAGAUCAACGAUAGUCCGGAUCUCGAGAGCUGUCACAAUACCAAGUGGUCCAUUGGCACGAUGCUCGCUCGGUGCGGUGUGGAUCCCGACUUACUCGGAUGGGACGCGGAGAACGAUGCCUGGAUCGAGGGUGAUUUCUGAAAGCUCCGCAUGGUGCCAUACGAUUUAACCGACUAUACCAGACCCAAGCAGUUGCAGACACUUUCAGCGACUU